AUGGCUUCCAGCUCUCAGAAACAGAAUGCACUAUCUUCUCAUGCUCAGGUCACCCCCCCUGACAGCCCGAAUCAUGAAUUGCCAUUCAAAGACGUGAAAAGGGGCAACUGUCAGCUUCUCCUCAGUGCGAUUCACGGAGUUCUGUCUGAGAUGAAGGCCGCCGCUUCUCCUGCAGGCUCCCACAUACCUCCGAAUGGAGACGUAUUGGAGCAUCUGGAGACCAUCAUUGAAACGAUGGCUACUCCUAGCAAUGACGGCUCAGAGCCUGUCACAAUCAACCAGCUGAUACAAAUCCUGGAGGCUGCGAUGGAGCAAAGAGAGCAACUACGCUCGGCGGAUGGAUCAACUGGCGAUGGAGACCAUCGAGAGGGGACAUCAAAUGGAAUCCAACCUCUUCCAUCAUUUACAAGACAAACUCAGCUCCCUGCAAGCCUCGAGCGCCUGUUAGAGCUCUUCUCGCAAUUUCUGUCGAGCAAAUCCUCUUUGCCCUUCGUUUCGGAGCACCCACGCCCAGCCCUCGCAGUAGAUACCUCAGGUGCCUAUGUGAACGAAAAGUUUCCAGCUUGGGAUGACAGGACAGAAAUCGACAACAGUUCAAAAGUACUAUAUCGGGUCUCAAAGGCAGGAUUUGAGUCUGUGCCUAUGGAGGCUGUGACGCCGCCAAACAGUCCGCAGAUGGUUCCUUCGGGUUACAUCACGAAAGAAGAACUGAAGUGGUUAUUUACCGAAGCGUUGGGAAUCAAAAACGCGCAACCGACCUCAGACGGCAAAGAUUCUACUAGUAACAAGGCGGCCGAGGAUCAAGACAAUAUCAAAGUGAGAGUUCGCGCCUCAAAGGUGGAGUACAAGACGGUCAACGAAGUGUGGGACUCCGCGAAAUAUGAAUACAAGACCGUUGACUCCACCCCAGUUCCGGACAUCGAUGAAUUAGACGAAUACAUAUUUGUGAUUCGUAAACGCAGUCACAAGCAGACCAAAGAGCUCAUUGUCUAUGUUGAUAUCAAAUCACCGGGAUUAAGGGAGAUCUUGAAAGAGGUCCUGAAGGACAUCAAAACGGCAAACCUCGACGCUGAUCGGCCUGCGAUCGAACGUGAUCUUUUAUAUCACUUCAUGGACGGCUUAAGAGAGUAUCAAAAGAAGUCUCACGCCCAAGAAACGAUCUCUGAUGACGCUAUGCUUCACCUAAGCAAGCUCGUGCAGUACCUAGAAGAAACGUACGCAUCGGUGAUAGAACAGUUGAAGUUGCUCCUAGAGUCUCGAAAAAUCACAUGGGAUGUUUUGUGGGCUUUGCUUAAACCAGGCUCACUAGUCUUUGCGACUUGUCCCUCCACCGGUCUGCCCCGAUGCAUUCGGUACGAUUAUAGCGAGAAAAAAACAAUCAGAGGCCGUGAGAUUUUGGAGAUCAACGGACGCUAUCUCGAUUAUGACGGAGAGAUUUUUGGUGAAUCCACCGAGACUCUGCAGAUAGAGUCCUUUCGAGGAAUCAAGCGGAUUGAGACGUUGCCUGUUUUCCCACUGAAAUACCACUCAGACCCAAAGAUCUGGUCGCGGCUGGUUCGCAAUGGCCGCCGCUUUGUUUCUCUUAUCGGGUCCCAUCAUCGCCAGUACAGUGGAAACAUGUUCGUCCCAAACAAAACCAAACUGUUGAAACUUCACGUGAACGGAAGAAUUAUGGUUGACGCCGCCAUUUUCCGCAAGUCGAACCCGAAUUAUCCGAGGUUAGAGAUCAAAAAACCUGACAUGGUCGAUUUUUUCUUCGAACAGGUGAAACGGGGUGAACCAGAAGGGCGUGUUCGAAGCAAGGACGUCGAUUUUCGUGCGAUGAAAGAAGAGGAUCUCGCGAUGUGUAGUCCGACAGUGCUCGGAUUUUCCUUGAACGAAAAAAUCUGGGGAGAAUUCGACGUGGAUAGUAUCACGGAGAUUAGUUUCUCGAAUGCCCCUUUUGACAUGUUGACGGUUCCUGAAGAGAAGAAAAAAGUCAUCAAAUCUCUCGCAGAGAGCCGUGUCUGCACCAAGCAUGAAGGUGCCACAGUUGAUGACGUUAUUGUUGGAAAAGGACAAGGGGUCAUCAUUCUUUUACACGGCCCACCGGGUGUUGGCAAGACGCUCACCGCCGAGGCCAUCUCUGAACGGCUCCAAAGGCCUCUGUAUUCGAUCUCGUCCGGAGACUUGAGUAUAAGGGCGGAGGAGCUUGAAGCGCAGCUCACCCGUACUUUCCAGGUAGCCAGUGACUGGAAAGCGGUCCUACUCCUCGAUGAGGCGGAUGUAUAUCUGCAGAAACGAGAUGGUUUCCAGUUAGAACGAAAUCGUCUGGUUGCGACCUUUCUCCGUACGCUUGAAUACUACGACGGAAUCUUUUUCCUCACAACCAAUAUGCUCGGGGAUUUCGAUUCGGCCAUUCUCGAUCGAAUUCAACUCAAACUACGGUACGACGAUCUGGAUCCAUCGGCUAGAAAAUCAGUUUUCCAGCAUUUUCUCGGGAAUCUUCAGACAGACAUCGAAGAAAAAUCCUUGUUACAGUUCUCCGAGGUUCAGCUAAAUGGUCGCCAGAUAGCCCAUAAUGUUGCGUUGAGCGAAAACAAGGAAGUGAGCACAAGUCAUCUGCGGCUGGCUCUCACGCAAAGUGGAUAUAGCAUUCCCACUCAAGGUGCCUUGACAACUGAUGACAGCUUGUAUCAGUGCUGA